AUGUCUUUUUUCCAUACUAACUUGUGUGAGUGUUUCGAAAGCAAACUUGAUCUUUUCCCUUUAUCGCCCACUCAGACCAGUAUCGAGAGCUCGCAAUGGAUUCAUUCCAAACAUUUGUCGACUCUUGCGGACGACGCCCCCGUUGAGUUUGUCGUACCGGGACAUGGUGAAGAUUACAUAGAUCUCGCGCAUACUCUUCUCAAUCUUUGCGUGAUAUUGCAAACCCUCGUUGAAGCAGCAAUUACUCCGCCUACUUCGGCUACAACUUCUAGCGCCACUGCUGCAGAGCAUAAAGUAGGGCCUGUAAAUAACUUUGAACAUUCCAUGUUCAAUCAAAUCGAUGUGUACUUCAAUCAAAAGCUUGUGUCACCUCCAAACAAUGCUUACGCGUAUCGAGCCUAUUUCGAGACAUUGUUGAAUUAUUCUUCACAGGUAAAAUCCUCUCAUCUCAUUACCUGUUUAUGGGAUAGCGAUUCUCCGGGACUGAUGGAUGCCGGGUUCGAUGCUCCAACUGAGAACCCCGCUCUCGUAAGACGUAUGCAGUAUUUCAAAAAUAACUGUGCUGUGGAUCUCAUAGGACAUCUACAUUGCGACGUUUUCAAUCAGAAUAAAUUCUUGAUUAAUGGCGUGGAAAUGCGCCUAAGACUCAUCCGCUUUUUCUGUCUCAUGGAACUUACGCCACAGACAAAAGGUCGUAUUGUAGAUGCCACCUUGAUUAUGAGGAGAACAAAACUAAGCGCUGGAGUUUUAUUAGCUCACGCUAAAAUGCUGAGCAAAACCACUGCAAAGUAUCCUCUCACGAAAGUUGAAGUUAAUUCGUUUACGAUCCACAGAGGAGUGGUGGGGAAAUUAAUUGACAACGCCAUACUUGGUCAACUGCCGAAACAGGACUCUCCUCUCUACAUCGAAGCUAUAGCGUUUUUGGAAUUCUUGUUCAGCAUCGUAGGAGAGCAGCAGCAGAGGGUGCAGCCAGGAGUGUUG